AUGCAGCGAUGUCAGUCCAUUCCAGUCACCAUCAAUCCACAUACAGCGUCCUCAGCACAACGCUACCUCCUUCGCACAUCUCCCUCAAAACAAGAUAAACUACCCGAGCAGAACGAGUCCGAUCUCCUCAAGGCCAUCCGUGCAACAUUGCGAGGCAGUCGUGGCAGCUCCGACUCCAUCAUAAACUCAGUACGCUACCCCUCCAGCGACGACAGCAAUGGGCACCGACAUCCAACAAGUCCCGAGACUGUCACCGAAGACGAGCUCAUGUGGGACACAUUUACGGUGGUACUGAGCUCAGGAGGGAUUAUGCGCAAGAAAUGGAGCUUUGAGGAAGAGGGGCAGCCGGUGCAGUGGGCAUGCAUGGGCUGGUUCGAGCAGCCAAGCGCAAUGUCAGGAUCGUCUUCGCUGCGGCCGGCGCACUACACGUACGACUAUCAUGAACAGUCAACUCCUGCAGCGGACUCCUCUGGUCGACCAGCCUUUGGCCCCUUUACUCGAGCCCAACAAGAACAUAAGCGUGACCAGGAGCCCGCGACACGCGCGCGUGCCGUAUUCAUCUUUCUACGCAGCAUCGGCAGGGUGUUCCUGCUAAACGGUGUGGACUAUACUUUCCACCUCCCGUUCAUUGUGCGCAGGGCAUGGCCACUGAGUCCGCACGGCGUCAUUAUUCAACGGAUACUGGACGCCUCUGAGCUUGAGGAAGCCAAGGCCUCUGGCGACACUCCGCUGCCCACUAUCUUCACAUUCCUUAAUCCAUUUGCAGAGCCCGGCGCUAUGGGCCUCACAGAGAAGAUAACGGGAGGCUUCCACUCACUGCGUCCCUCGGUCACACAGGACGAGUCGAACAAGUCGCUGAAGACGAUCCCCGCGGAGGAACACAUCCUCUUUGUAUCGCAGCGCGGGCCAGACUCAUCCGACGACAUUGUAGUCACCAUAGAUGUGGGCAAGCGGCAGUUUUCUGUAUGGCGCUACGCAUUCAUCAAGCCGAAGGAUGUCGCCAGUCAGACGGGCAAGGUCGGCGCAGAGCCUGCGGUAGGCAAACGGAUGCCCUCAACCGCGUCGCCUGUGCAGCACCGCCGAGUCACGAGCGCUGCCAUCGGGACGGCCGAACAGCCCAUGCGACCAGCGGCGCCUGCGCCCGCGCAGGGCCCACCUGCCGCGCAUAAUGGCCGGGACCGGCGGAACUCGCUCAAUCGGCACGAGCUGAGCCUGACGAUGGACCGGAUGCCACUACCUGGCGGACGGACCGAUAGAGAUAUCGCAACUGACCCGGUCGACAGUGUACGGAUGCAGGCCGCGUAUUGGAUGGAGAGACUGUACACGCAAGAGGUCUCGGAAGAGAAUGCCAAAGCGUUCAAGGUAAUAUCAUGCGGGCUAUUUGACCAACGCUGGGAUGGUAAGGAGAACCGCUCCCUGCUCGGUAUCUGUACCGCCGCCACCCAGACGCUAUACAUCAUUCGUAUGGCGAAGCAGGGCGACAGGAUGGUUGCAAGGAGCGAAAAAAACCUGGCAGCAAUAAGCGUUGCCUCCGUCCGCGCAACACGCGAAGCUAUUCGCGACCUGCUGAUUGUCAUUCCAGACGGUUCGCUAGGCAUCCUGACACACGGUCUACAGUGGCUCCCCUUGGUGCUGGUACGACCAUCGGAAGAUAAUCCACAUGCAGCCUUCGAUUAUAAUGUCCCGCAACAGCGCCCUCCCAAGCCUCAGCAGCCCCCCAGCAACAGGGUCGUUGCAGUCCUGGAAGUCGUGGACUCGUCUGGAACGCUCCUGUUCGCGGAUAAGUCCAAAGCGCGCGUCACAAUCGAUCUUAUGCCCCGGGACUUACUCACUCGCCAAUGUCUCUGGAUGCUAGCCAUGGCUGUCCCAUCGCCAGUCUUCUUUGCGCUGCAUGCUAUGUAUCUGGAUAAGUGGUCCCGCCGUGGCCGUGAAGCCUCUGUGGAUGCGUCCUUCUCCGCAUUCUCGGAGGCCCUGUUUGAGUUGUUCAGGAAGGAUCCUCUAGAUAAGGCGUCCGACACCGCAAACGCGAGCGACGUACCCAGCGACGUAUGGCAAGUGCUCUCAAAGACUGCGUCGUCUUCUCGAUUCCGUGAAGACUCUGUCUUGAGGAAGUUGCAGCUUCCUCCGGCUGUUCGCGCUGCAGCGCCGCCAAGAUUGGCAGAUAAAUCGAACCUGUUCUUAGGACAGAUUCUCGUGGCCCUACAUCACGUAGCAGAAGACAUGCGGCUCAUGGUUCAUAGGUAUCACGAACUCCUCAGGCUAGUCCCGGUACUAUACCAGAUUGCUGUGACUGUCCGCCCCGAGUGGGCGGAUUAUUGGAAACGCUUAUGCCCGACCGCCAUCGAGACUUGGCCGUCGCCAAGCGAGACCCUUAUGGACUACGUGACUGACCGCCUACCUGUGUGGCCGCCGGACGCUUCUGCCAUUCUCUACGGACGCAUCAACAACCCCGACUGGAACGCGGUCCUCAUCGAUAGCCACCAUAUUGCGCACGCGCCAGGCUCUGACAGCCCGUCCUUUGCCUUUGGCAGCUCUGAGCCGUUGACGCUCAUGCGCCAAUUGACCGAAGUAUACAAAUGUUUGACAGAUAGCAAGGUUGCGGAGGGGCGGAAACGCGCUGAGAAUGCUCUUAAUGCUAUGGUGAAGGCGCAAAUUGGGCUUGAUGUGAUACAGCUACUGCCGCUUGGUGUUGCCGCCCCUUUGCGGGAGGCAUGCAGGACCUGUCAGCUGGCGCCAAGCGGAGAUUGGCCGAUCUUCGCGUACAAUCUCAUCGGCCGUAAUGACCUUGCGGAGGUCAUGAGCCACUCCGCUGGAAUAGUGCAUAGCCGCGGAUAUCGCCCCGCAAGGGACUUCGUGUACCCUUCCGUUAUUCGCAAAUCUAUACACCAGCACAUCGUGGACACCCAGAAAGCGAUCACCGGCGAGCUUAGCGUCGUAUCCGGCGUUGAGCUCGACCUCGACGACUUCACUCAAAUACGGUUCGGCCAAGACAAACGUUUAGAGGAAGUUGGCCGCAUGCUCUGCUCAUCCACGGUACCAACAAUUCGAGCGCUUGACCGGGCGGACCUUAGUGAACAUGAACAGGCGAAGGAGCAUCAGCACCAGGUCAUCCGCCUCGCGGAACGAACUCUGGCGCUACCCCUGGGUAGGGCACUCUUCACCUUUGGCUCCGUGCCCACCGUAACCCGUGAAGCAUACGCAAUACCCAACAUUGAAUAUUCUGUUCGGCUGCAGCCGAUGAACACCCUGAUGACCCCAGAGUCUGGCAAGAUCCCCUACGAAUGUACUAGCUGGGGUGAGUUCCACAACGGCGUUGCUGCUGGGCUACGCAUAUCGUCUCAGUCAAGCACGGUGGAGAGUAGCUGGAUCAAAUUCAACAAGCCAUCAGAGUUGACACCAGAACAUGCGGGCUUCCUAUAUGCUCUGGGACUUACGGGCCACCUGCGCGAGAUGCUGACUUGGCACACGUUCGGCUACUUAACCCCGAAACACGAUAUGACAUCGAUAGGUGUUCUCCUUGGACUAUCCGCAGCCAACGUUGGAACUAGUAACAAACAUGUCACGAAGUUACUCGCGGUACACACCCCUGCGCUCCUGCCAACUCCCAACGUCGACCUGAAUGUACCCCUAAUCACUCAGACCGCGGGUCUGAUGGGCAUCGGCCUUCUAUACAUGGGCACGAAGAACCGACGUAUGGCUGAGGUCUGUCUAAAUCAGAUCAGCCGCAAGGAUCUUUACCAGCCCGACCUCAGCAACGAAUAUCGUGAGGCGUAUACUCUCUCAGCUGCCUUGGCAUGUGGAAUGGUCAUGCUGGGCAAGGGCACGGCUAUCCCAGCGGAUUUGGCCAUUCUUUCGCGCCUUCGUGUCCUCAUUCACGGCGAAGGACACUCUUCUCUCAGUAGUCAGCAUGUUCGUCCAACAUUCGACAUCAAUCUGACUUCUCCUGCUGCGACGAUUACCCUUGGGCUUAUGUUCCUGAAGACAGGACGUCGAGAUGUCGCUGAUAUUCUGACAAUUCCAGACACGCUUCUAGCUCUGAACAGUAUCCAACCAAGCUUCUUACUCCUGCGUAUCAUUGCCAGAUGUCUUAUCCUAUGGGAUACGAUGACUCCGACGAAAGAAUGGUUUUACGCACAAAUCCCUCCUGCCAUCCUGACCGCAGUCCACGCAGGCGCACAGGGAAAAGCUGUCGACGACGCAUACGAAUUGGCGUACUACAACAUCUUAGCAGGACUCUGUUUCGCAAUUGCCCUGAAGUAUGCUGGAACCGCUAGAGAAGAGGCGUACAUCCUGAUCAUCCAACACUACGACGUAUUUAGUCAGAUAGCGUACACGAACAGUGCCGCUUUCGACCAGAGAAUCAAACGUGCAGCCAUUCGUGAUGGACUCAACCUGAUCUCAAUAUCCCUUAACAUGGUCAUGGCCGGAACGGGUGAGAUCAACUGUCUACGCCGACUCAGGUAUUCUUACGGGAUGUAUAAUCAACCCAUCCGCUAUGGCACCCAUCUCGCAACACAUAUGUCUCUGGGUCUACUAUUUCUGGGCGGUGGUCGCUUUACUCUCGGCACGUCGGAUGCUGCAAUUGCAUGCAUGGUCAUCGCUUUCUUCCCACGGUUCGCUCAUGUCUCUUCUGACAACAAGAGCUAUCUCCAAGCAUUCCGUCACUUGUGGGUGUUGGCGGUCGAGCCAAGGUGUCUCAUUGCGCGUGAUGUGGAUACCAAAGAGGUCGUCUACCUUCCUGUCAAAAUCAAGGUCAAGGACGGCAAAGAUGUCGGAACCACACAACUCAUCUCCCCGACUCUAAUUCCUGACCUUGACAGAUUGCUGUCCAUCAGGGUUGACACACCUCGCUACUGGCCCUUCUAUUUGGACAUUGCGAAUUAUCCACGACACAAGGAAUCCCUCUUGCGCAAUCAGACGCUCUUCGUGAAACGACGGACAGCCUUUCUCAGUUACAGGGAGGACCCCAAGGGUAGCCGAAGUCUCUUCGUCCGGUCAGGCUCCUCUACAGGCGAUGCAGCGACCCUCGACUUUCCGCAGUUGACGGACGCAAAGGCGCACCCUGCCAGUGAUCUCCAUCACUUCAUCUCGUCAUUCUCCAAUGAUGUCUUGUUCCUGGCAUUCGCUGACCGUUUCUGCCGGGACGAUGGCGAGACCAACCAAGAGCGAUUGCUGCAUGCUUACUGUCAUGCUAGUCUCAUGGACAGCAUCUUACAGGAUAAGGCACAGACCAUACAAGCCCACCUCACGAUACACCGUUUCCGCACGAUGUCUUCUGGCUCGCAAUACUUCAAUUUGCGGAUGCAGGAUCUUCGCUUCGCUACGGACUUCUACAGCAAGAUCUUCGAUAGACGGUUCAGCGGGAGAGCAGAGAACAACCCGCGACCACCACUCAUCCGCGAAGGGUCCUUGUCUGGUGCAAUGUUCGCCCUCGAUAGCCAGUUGAACGCUAUUCGGGAUAGCCCAGCCUUUCUGGCGCUUCUCGCUCGGUACGCGAAUGGAGAAACAAUACCAGCGUUUCCGGCAGGGUCACCCGAAGAGACCAUGUGCCGUCACUUGGCAUGGUACCUGCAACGCAACAGCGUGCCUGUAUCUUACAUUCUCCUUGUCCUCAAAAGACUGGCUAACCGGGCGCACGAACAAUGCCUCGGACCACCACCCCCAGAGGGCACGUCGAAUGCUGCAAUUCUCGAUCUUGGAAUCAAAGAGGUCCUACAUGCUACCGGCACUCAGAUGACGACAGCAAUGGGAUCAGGAUGGUCGAUCCGCUCUCUCGACGAAAUCAUUGCAUCAUGGAACAGCACGCGUUAA